AUCUAGAUCCCUUGUAAAUUACAUUGAGCCAACGUCCUUCUGGCUCUCUGCAGUCUAAAGAGAUCAUCUGCAUCUUGUAAAAAGGAGCGCCUUCCUUUCAUGGUCGUAAAUUGUCUCAUAAGAACUGUGCGUACAAUUAUGCAUGUAUUGAGUUACACGUAUUGAGUUAUGUAAUGCCCCUUUGGGCUUUCAGGAUAUGAAAUUCUUUUAUAAUGUGUAUGGCCAAGAGUAACUUCUUGGUAUGGCACUGUAUGCCCUUGUACCUGCCAUUUUUGGAUAGGUUUAUUAUGAUUUGCUAGCUCUUUGUCCUUCCUUGGUAUUUAGGCUGUAGUGCAGUGACUGAAAGUAAUUUAGAAAGCAAAGACCAAAGAAAAUGACUGAACCUUUCCUUUCUACUGCAUAAUGCAUAUUGUGUAUGAUUUAUGAAAAAAAAGAAAGAUGAAGAAAAAGAAAAGCAUAUAUUUGCUUUAAAAACCUGAGAUAUUUUUUGUCAAAUUUUCUGUAAUGAAUAAAAUUGAAUAUCCCACUCAACAGCCUUUACUGGCCUUUGCAUGAGUUUUCAAGUUUUCAAAAACCAAUGUACACGUAGAUGUUUUGUACAUAUUUAUUAAACGGUUUUAACCGUAUCUAUAGAUGCAGCUUUCUAUUUGCGUGACUAUUCAUGGAGCACUUUUUAUCAAUCAAAACAUUCCUUUACUUGGUUACAAAAUGAUUUCUGACUCACUGCAUUUUUAUGAAUUUUAGAAGCAUUCCAGGCUUCCAAACGGCAGUCGUAUUAUUAGAUUACGUUUAGAGAAUGUAGCCACAUCACUCUGUUCCAGUUUAUGUUCGUUGAUUCUAUCAAAGGCCGCUGAUUGGCUAAAUCUGUUUGUUCGAUUGUCAGGAAUUGGCUUGCCUCGACUCGACUCGGAGUGAUGUCAUUUUGAUUUCCCAUUCAAGGCACUUCCCCCGUACUUUGACCAAAUGAAGCAGUCAAACACAGACCAACCUGAUCUGUAGGCACACCCCUACCAAGGCAUCGCCUGGUCCUGGCCACACCCCUUUCCAUUACCCCUCCUCAUCACAUCCCCAUCCGCUGAUUAGAGAUGGAUCCUAUGGUUACCCAGUCCUCAGACUCAUCAUUCUGGGAGGAUUAUUACGACCGCUCCGACAUGCAGACACCGGUAGAUCUAAUGAACUCCUCAGGGGGACCCAUCAUCCCCUCCUCGUUCUACCCCACGGUGCCUGCGCCGGAGUGCGGGGCGAUGAACUACCGGUAUAACGUCCCUACGGCAGUGGUGUGUGGUAUCAGCUUCAUCUUCGGAAUCAUCUUCAAUUUCUUUGGUUACCGAUGUUUCAAGGCUGUCAUGUUCCUGGUGGGUUUCAUCCUGGCGUCCGUCAUCUCGUUCCUGAUCUGCCAGGAGCAGAGCUCUCUAGCGACCGGAGCCAACGCCGGCAUCGCCCUGGCCAUCGGCCUCCUCUGCGGCCUCAUCACCAUGCUCAUCCAGAUCGUCGGCCUCUUCAUGACCGGCGUCCACAUGGGCCUCUUCUCGGCCAUCAUCGUCCUCAUCAUCGUCGAACAGUUCGUCCACCUGGACGUCCUCCUCAUCCCCAUCGGCAUCACCUUCAUCCUGGGCAUCGUCUUCGGGCUCAUCACCCUCAAAUUCCAGAGAACUUUUGUGAUCCUCGCCACCUCGCUCAUCGGCGGGGCGAUCGUCGCCACGUGCACAGACUAUUACCUUGAGCUGUUCCGGAUGGUGAACUACGUUUACGAUCGGUUCAGGUUGCAGGUCUCGUUGGAGCCAUGUUGGUAUAGCUGGCUUAUACUGGCAUUGUGGCCGUUUGUAUCGCUAGUCGGGAUUAUCAUCCAAUUUAAAGUCACAGCUAAAGGAUUUAAUCAUAAACAAGUAAGUGGUCAUACGAAGACGAGAAGAGUUGAGCUCCAAAAACUGAGACAACGGGAAGCAAGGGAAGAAGUUCGAGCGCAAAAAUACUGUGACCUUUACAGGGCAAGAAGCAGAAACGCUGAUAUAGUCACUCAGAGCUAUCUACAGAGUAUCCAUGAUCACCUCUCCCCUGAGAUGCAGCGUAUAGCUUCCAUCCAACACAUCCCAUCGGAGCCCGCCAUCCCCUUCAGCGACUCGUCCGACAUCAACACGGAUACCAUGACGACCCUCCAAACCACCAUGGAUGAAAUCCCUUCCAAGACUAUAGACUCCAUGGAGGGAAUGACCAUUGUUCAGGAGGGGGAGAUUGUAGAGGUAUAACGAGAAAUGUCCAUCCCUUUAGCUAGUUUUUGAUGAUCAUCCUCUCAUCCCCUUCUCACAAUCCAUCCAUCACGAUCGUUGCUAUGACAACCCUUCAAACUAGCAUGGGAGAGAUGCCUUCCAAGACAAUAGACCCCAUCGAGGGGAUGACUAAGGUUGAGGUGGGGGAGAUUGUGGAAGAAUAAUGAGAAAGUCCCAUCCUAUAGGCUGUGUACUUAGUAUCCAUGAUGACACUCUCGGCCCCUUCUUGCAAUCCAUCAUCGUCAUCGUUGCUAUGGCAACCCUUCCAACCGGCAACGUUGACAUCUCUUCUUGACCCCUCCGAGGGUCUGACUCAGGUGGAGGAAGGGAGGGGAGAUGGUGGAAGUGAAACAAGAAAUCCUGAUUGAUUAACGAAGAGCGAUGGUUUCAUUUUAAAAAGUUUUCCCUAAGGGAAUGGAGUCCAGUAUAACCUACGUGACAUCAUGUGGGAAAUAACGAAAGAGAACAUCGGGAGAUGCAAUGGACGACAUCUUCUGGUAACGUGGUGCUUUGGAUUCAUGGAGACAAUCGUGCUGGAUUUCAAGAUUUUCAAAUGCUCUUCAUCAACAUCCAACAUAGCAAGUCUUCGCGGGGGGUCGCACUCAGAGCGAAAAUUUCCGCAUAGCGUCCAAACCGAUGACGGUAUUCAGCUGUAUUAGCAUCGGUAGUCGAGCUAGUACAGGGUGGCGAGCUCAUUUAAAUACCCCGUAGUCAGCACUUGCGUCGCCGUGUGAAAACUCCCUAUCGAUGGCGGUGGAGGUCGUUGGUGCCAAGUCCCAAGUUCACUUCAGCGGCAGAGCAAUUCAAUGGGGUGAUCGUGACAGACGUGAAUGUCAUUGAUAAGGAGGUUUAAAUGCCAUGACGGAGAUCAUUCAACCAAUGAUAAGCUUAAUUAUGAUAUAAACCUCCAUAUACCAACCUUGUGUACUUAAGACAAGCAAAGAAAUAUGAUUGAUCAGACAGCACAUGGAGUGUAAAUUCACAUUAAAUAGAAACAUUUUAUACAGGGGUGUUACUGUGCAGGAUGUGAAUGUGGUUGUGAGUUUGAGUGUUAAAUACAGUUUGCUAUAAAUGAUUACAUCGUCUGUUCAGAGCGAGAAGGGCAUUAACCCUGUAUUAAAGUAUAUGGUAUAACGCCCUUCUGGCUCCAAACAGAUGACAUACUGUGUGUCACAACAUGAGGCUGGCAUCUCAUGUAAAGAUACAAACUGUAUAUAGUUUAAUAAAACAUUCAAUGUUAAAUUUGGGAGUGCUAUACACAAGAAAAAAAGUACUUUCAACUUCACGGUGCAAAUAUGUAAAAAGAAAAGCAUGCAUUUCGUUUCUUCACGAUGUUCUAUUGUUUUCUAAAAAAAUGAAAUCUUAAAUUUUAGCAAGGUCCACUAAAACUAAUUAGUGAAAAGUCUGCUAAGGGCACAUUGAGUUGUAAAUAUUUUUGCUGUUCACAUGCUGAAAAAUGAGGUGUAUUUUCUGUAUUUUCAUUUGAAUUUGUGGAGACUUUUUCACUACAGACAAUUAGUUACAUGGUUUUAGAAACAAAGCUUUACACUACAAAGUAUUCAAUGUCCGCUUGCACUUAGAAGUACAAGUAUUCAGUUGCCUUAGAUAUUUGAAAGCUGAAAAUCUGUCCAUUAUUUUGUGAUGUGUGAUAACGCUUUUAAUUUUGCAUACCGGUAAGUGGGAUGAAAAACAUUGUGAAUCGAAGAGAUGAUAUUAAACAGAUCAGUUCCACUAAUUUAUGAGAGAAAUUAUCAUCUUGCGCUGAAAUGUCGUAGCUGCCUUAGAAUAGCUGUAUUCAGAUCUUUGUGGAAAAGAAGAAAUAUAUGUAACAUCUUGAUUUAUUUUAGCUAGAAAUUACUACAAAAGCCUGCCUAGUGAAGUGAUUUUGUAUUGCAAUGUGAAAAUGUUCAGGUACGAUUUCUGCCAGAUUAACUAUUACGCAUUAUAUUUUAUCAAAGACAAAUCUAUUUGUGUGACACAAGAAUUCCCACAAAUCGUAUUGUUUAAAGUGACGAUUGUGUUGUUUAAAGUGAUUGUUAUUGAAUGCUUUUAGCUUGUGAGCUAAUAUUGAAAUAUGACUUUGUUUGAGCCGUGCAAUGACUAGUAUUCUUCUCUUUCUGUUUUUUUUAUCAAUGUGGUAUAUAAUUGAUAUAGUAGCACUCACACAUACAUGUAAGUCAUGUAUGCUUAUCAUAUUAUAUUCACAAAGUUAUCAUAUUGGUUUAGCUCGUAUUGGCGUUGAAAAUGUUCAACUGCCAUAGCUUUAUGUUGUAUUCUUAUUACCGUAUGCCGUUUGUUACCGUUUUGUCGUGAAGUCUUGUUUUGAUUUAUUUGGUAUUUUUGUUUUUAUUCGGUAUGCCUCCUCACAAGUGCACUUUUACUUAACCUGGAAUCCGGACCACGAUUUCAAUUUAGCGCCGAUCGUUUAUAGGAUAGAGUAGACUUUAGACUUCUAUGCAUCCAGGUUGAAACUGUAUUGUCUGUUUUUUUUACAUGUAUUUGUUGUAUUGCCCAGAAUACUAUUAGGGUUCCGUAACACGCAGAUCCCUAAAAUGCUAACUCCAGGCCCCAAACCUUUUCAAUGUCAAUGGGCCUUAUGCGCACAGAGCACAAAUACUUACUCGAGAAAAAAGGUUAUUGUGGAGCACUGGGAAUUUACUAGACGUAAAAGCACUAGACGUAAAAGCACUUGAUUUCUUUUUUAGAGCAGGCGUAGAAAAAUAUAAUUUUCAGACUUGGAUGACAGUUAAAUAGCUUUAAGUUUGUAGCAAACAAUAUUCUAUUCUGAAUGUAUUUCAAGAGACCAGAAAUUAAUUUUCACAUUUUUACAUGUUGAUGGCUAAUCCAGGUUAAUGUUAACAAUUAUGAACCAAGUGUAUGAACACAACAUCAUUGCUAAAUCUAGGGUAGACGAAAAAAGAUUGAUUCAGGAACAUUGUUUUCCUAUAAUGAACUGCAACAGAAAGCAAACAAGCAAAGACCUAACACAUGUGGGUGUGUCGCAUUGAAAUAAUUGAUACUUCUAAUGUUAGACAGUGUCUAAAAGACUAAAUGAAGGGCUGAUAUUUUUGUAUUUUUUUGUAUGCAUUUUUU